AUGACUCAUUUCCUACAUGCGGCAGAGGUGACUGUCAAGGCCAGUUUCUCUGCUUUUGCACGUUAUACCUUGGAGCAAUGUCAUACUCAUCAACUACAGUGUCCACCUCCCCGUUUGAGGGUCAGAAGCCAGGGACAAGUGGACUGAGGAAGGCUGUGAAAGUGUACUUGCAGAAAAACUACACUGAAAAUUUUGUGCAAAGUACUUUGGAGGGAGGUCUUGGAAAAAUAGAAGGAUCUACAUUAGUAGUGGGAGGAGAUGGUCGUUACUUUGAAAAAGAGGCAGCAUCACUCAUUAUCAAAAUGUGUGCAGCUAAUGGGGUAUCCAAAGUAAUAGUGGCUCAGAAUGCCUUGAUGUCAACUCCAUCUGUGUCCUGCGUGAUUCGUAAAUAUAAAACUAAUGGAGGAAUUAUACUGACGGCCAGUCACAACCCAGGCGGCCCUGAUGCCGAUUUUGGUAUUAAAUAUAACACAGAAAAUGGAGGUCCUGCUCCAGAAAAUGUCACCAAUAAAAUAUUUGAAAGAACAAAGAGCAUAAGUCAAUACAAAAUCUGCCCUGAUCUAAAUGUUGACCUAUCCAAAACUGGCCAAUCAACAUACACAGUUGAUGGAAGAGAAUUCACAGUUCAGAUAAUAGACUCAGUGUGCGAUUAUGUGGAAUACAUGAAGGAGAUAUUUGACUUUCCAUUAUUGAAAAGUUAUCUUUCCUCAGGAAAACAAGUUCUUAUUGAUUCCAUGAAUGGAGUUAUGGGUCCAUAUGCUAAGAAAGUAUUUUGUGAAGAGCUUGGAGCCCCAGAAUCAAGUGUUGUCAACUGUGUACCCCUAGAAGACUUUGGGGGAAAACACCCCGACCCUAACCUGACCUAUGCUGCAGAUUUAGUGGCAGAAAUGGCCAAAGGGAAACAUGACUUUGGUGCUGCAUUUGAUGGAGAUGGGGACAGAAACAUGAUUUUGGGAAAGAAUGCCUUCUUUGUGACCCCGUCAGAUUCCUUGGCUGUUUUGGCCCACUAUCUGGAAUGCAUCCCAUAUUUCAAAAAGACAGGGGUCAAAGGUUACGCCCGAAGUAUGCCAACAAGUGGAGCAGUCGACAGAGUUGCUAAAGCCAAAAAGCAGACCUGUUUUGAGGUCCCUACUGGAUGGAAAUUUUUCGGCAAUUUGAUGGAUGCUGGACGCUUGUCCCUUUGUGGGGAGGAAAGCUUUGGUACGGGGUCAGACCACAUUCGAGAGAAAGAUGGACUCUGGGCAGUUCUGGCCUGGUUAUCUGUCCUAGCCAAUCAGAACUGCAGUGUGGAACAGUGUAUAAAGAAUCACUGGCAGACUUAUGGGAGGAAUUUUUAUACAAGAUAUGACUAUGAGAACUGUGAAUCUGAUCCAGCCAAUAAAAUGAUGGCAAAUUUAAAUUUGUACGUUGCUGAUCAAUCAAAUAUCGGAAAGGUAUUCAGUUCCGGGGACAAAUCCUACACGCUAGCCAAGGCAGACAACUUCUCCUACACCGACCCUGUAGACAACUCUGUCAGUAAGAAUCAGGGUAUUCGUUUGAUCUUUUCCGAUGACUCCCGCAUCAUUUUCCGCCUCAGUGGGACAGGAAGCAGUGGAGCCACCAUUCGGCUGUAUCUGGAGGGGUACGAGAGUGAUGCAGCUAAAUACGAAAUGGAUCCACAGGUUGUAUUGCGUCCACUGAUUGAAAUUGCACUAGAUGUAUCCCAGCUUCCCCAGUUGACAGGGAGAGAUGCACCCACAGUCAUCACGUAGACGUGUUCAACACACAAGUCUUAAUUAAACGACAUUUUAAAUUAGCUUUACUUUAUUCUAAAAUAAGGCUUGUAAUACUUUGAUGAACACAUACUGUAAUCAUUUUGCAUAAUACAUGCAUAUUUUUGUAUAUUUAUUAGUGCAUUUUUAAAAUCUUUAUCUAGCUUUGUUUAUAUGUUAAACAAAACCCUAAAAAGCCAUAAUUUAUGUGUUACAAUUAUUCUUUAACUUUAAUUCAAUAUUUUUAUUGAACUCAGCAUGUUUUAUUAAUGUGUGUAAAAUACUUUUUUUAUUUUAAUUUUGAUUUGAAUGAUUGUGUACUUUACUGUUCAUUUACAUAUAAAAUGGAGCUCCUCAGGUUUGUUGAUGAUAAGGGUACAAAAACAAACUUGACCUCAGUUUUCUAUGUCAAGUCACCACGGGUCAAGUAUUGCCACACAGAUAUCCACUGAAUAACAAUUCAGAUUUGUUUAUCAAGGUUAUCGCAUGUUCAGAUUUUGUAAGAGCUGUAUAUAAUACUGUGAUGAGGUCCUUGGAUUUUUGCCAUCUUUCUAUGUUGACAUAAUUUCAUUUACUUUAAACAAGUGUGUUGACAAAAAUAGGUUAAGUACAGAUUAACCAGAUAAUGGGGAGAGGAGUCAGGUGCUAUGAUUGGGGGGUCUUAGAUCAUCUCCCCACCAUAAAUUGGGCUAUAGCAAUAGUAAAUGACGUAACCUCAUCAACAGUUAUUCUGCUUUUUUAUGUGGCUGAUGAAGAGAGCUGGUGUUUGGGUUUUUGUUUGAUUGAAGUCUGGCCACAUGAGGGGUGUAAAAUACUGACCAGCCAUGAGUGUUUGAUCUUCAGUUACCCAUCACCCAAGUGUGAAGUACAGUCAAAGAAAAUGUGUUAAUUAACUCCAAUAACUUCCUCUUUUAUGAAUGCCCUCUGAGAAAGUUGUUUAGAGUCCCAUGAAGAGUGGAAAAUUUUCUCGCCAAACAUACAAAGACUUUGAUACUGAGUGAUGUAGCCCCAGGAGUUUGUUAAGAUGGUUCAUUAGCACUAACUGUACCUCUCUUUUUGUAGUGUGGGCCCCAGGGAGGGAGUGCAUUGGAUGAUAGGAGUUACUGUGUGAAAAUAAUUAUCUAAUCACUUAUUUUUGCAUCAUUGGUGCUUUUGAUUUUAUUGUUAUGGCUUGUUAAUCAAUACUGUUGAAUAAAAGCAGAAUUGUGAA